AUGCGCGCUUCGGUUUGGUUCAUAUGCAUUGGUGUGGUGCUUGUAACUUUAUUUAUAUAUGCUGAAAAACACCAUAUCAUAGAUAUCUUCAAUAAAUCUUUGACUAGUAUCGCAAUUACAAACGAAACAGUUAAUGAAGAUAUUCAAUUCUCUCUGCAUUCGAUUAAAAACAGCUUCAAACAAAAUAAUGAACUUAGCAUUCAUUGGCUUCGAGUUAUCAAACACUAUAUUCGUUUUCCCCUUGAUAACGCUUAUGGAUCUCAUCAACUUUUACUACUCGCUGCUAGUGUCUUAACGUCUGAUGGAGGGCCAGUUAUGGAAUUAGGUUGUGGUUAUUUUUCUACUAUUCUUUUGCACCAAAUAGUUGUUGCUGAACAAAAACGCUAUCUUCUUUCGACAGAUACGGAUCGUGAAUGGUUAUCAAAGUUUGAAGCAAAUAUGUCUUCGUCUCUCCAUGAAUUUCGUCACGUUAAAGAGGCAUCUGAAUGGGAUCAUAUUGGAACUAAUCGUCGAAGAUGGUCCAUAACUCUAGUUGAUCAUAAGCCAGGUAACAGACGUACUGCUGAUCUUAUACGUGUAGCAAAUAUUUCUGAUAUUGUUAUAUUGCACGAUACAGAAACUCCUGUAUAUAAAUACGAGGCAGGUCUAGCACAAUAUCCAUACCAAUAUCGAUAUACCUAUUUAUCAACCAAUACUGAUGUGUUGAGUAAAUACAAUCGUACGCUUCUGUCCAACAUACGACGCUUACUAGAACUUACUAUCGAAAUGAAAUUACCAAAAGUUGAACCUGCUUAA